ACGAGAACAACUUGAACAAUGGCAAGCAAUCUCAAAGUAAUUAUAUACCUUUCCUUCUUCGCACUCAUCCCCUCAGGGAUAUGCUCAUAUUUUGUCAACUUUGACGCUUCCAACGAUACCUUGAACGAUCCUUCUAAAAUUGGCCAACUGAACCUCGAGGCUGCGAGAGGCGACAAAGUUUCUAGCAACCAGCCGGAUCUAUACAUCAAGCUUGGCAAGGAUGACAAUGGAACCGCCGCUUUACAUUGCCAUCGUAUCAAAGGUGAUAUCCGGUCCGAGUACCAUGCCUUGGCUGGGAAGACCGAAAAGGAUACCACGUAUUACAUUGGAUAUCAGUUCUCUUUGGCGGAGAUCGAGCAGAGCCUUAUGAUUUGGCAAUUCAAGGAAUUCGAAGCGAAUUCGCAUGGCGGUGCUAAUAUCCCAUUAUCCAUGGAGAUUGUGAACGGAAAACUUGAAUUUCAAUAUCAGUCUUCUGGCAACUCACAUCGAGAAAGUCAGUGGUCGACCGAGGUUACCGCGGAUACUGUAUACUCUGCUGGAAUUGUUAUCAACACGUCGACACCAGGAUGGGUGCAGUUCUACUGGAAUGGAGACCUCCAGAAAUUCUCCAGCACAGGAGGCCAUAAUCUGACUGCAACUACGUUCCCGGGCAGGGCAGAUCCUAAAUUCGGUGCAUAUCGCGGCGAGGCCGUGGGUAUUGAUACGUAUAUCUACAAAAUUCAGAUUGGGACGGAGCAGAGUGAUAUUGCAAGUGCAGCAGAUCUCAAGAAGUAG